AUGCACCGCUCACGCUCUCUCGUUGCCACGACGCUGCGCUCGCGCCCGGCUCCCACCGCGCGCCGCACUCUCACCACCUCCCGAUCCUCAUCAGCUGGAAGCGCCCGCUCAUCGAAGGCCGUCCUCCCCGCUACGCUCGCCGCCGCGCUCGCUGCAGGCGGUCUGGCCUUUGCUCUCAGCCAGCAGAACGAACUCGAGCUGGAUACGGAGCCUGGCAAGAGCGGGUGGGCGACGACUGGCGGGCGGGAGAAGGUGGGGAAGGGAGAUAUCAGGCCAGAGGUCUUUCUUUGGGGACGCAACACUCACGGCGUCGCCUCGACCUCGACUUCCAACUCGACGCAGAUCAAGCGACCCAUGGCCGCCCCUGCUCUCUCGAACCUAAUUCUGCGCGACCUCGCACUCUCUGCGACGUACGGUGUCGCGGUCGACUCGAACGGCGACGUCUUGCAGUGGGGUCACGGGUACGGCGCGCCUGAGCAGGGCGGAGUCGAGAAGACUCUUACGGGCAAGAACCUCGUCAAGGUUGUCCCGACUGAGGCAGGAAAGGUCUUUGGCUUGUCGAAGAAGGGAGAGGUCUGGGUCUGGGCGUCGGACAAGCUGGCGCAGCGGGCAGGCGGGGCGAGUCUGAGUGAUCUGCCGCAGCGGGUCGAGGAGAGCGGCUGGAUGUGGGUCCUCGGGAAGGGGACGCUCUGGGGACGCAACGACGGAGGAGGGGUCGAGGUGCUCAAGGUGCACCCCGAUGUCAAGCUCGAAAAGGGCGAGAAGUUCACCUCGCUCUCAGCAGGCGCAUCGCACCUCCUCGCCCUCACUUCGCGUGGCCGGUCAUUCGCCCUUCCCCUCUGCCUCUCCGCCAACACUCAUGGCCAACUUGGCGUCCGCUCCGUCCGCCUUCUCUCGCCUCCACACCCCGGCUCAUCCGCUUCAGGCGAGCUCACGAUCCGUCUCGAGCCUGAUGAGCGAUUGAACGAGAUGGGCUGGGAGAAGCUGCCUCCUCCGCCCAAGAAGCUCGACCCGCUUCUCCUUCCCGCUGUCUCGCCCCCGACACCCUCAAACCCGGCGCCGAAGAGCGACCACGUCCCUGCUCUCCCCUCGCCCUCUCCUGUCGCCUCAGUGCAGGAUGAGCAAGCCGUUGCGCUUCACCCUGACCCCUCGCGCCACGCCGCCCUCGAACGCUCGAUCCACUUCUGCACGACACUGCACGAGAUCCCGUCGCUGCGGAGCGUGCAGGUCGCACAGCUUGAGGCGGGGAAGAGGCACUCGCUUGCGAGGUUGGGAGGCGCGAUGGAAGGCCGGGUGCUCGGGUGGGGAAUGAACAGCUACGGCCAGCUCGGCCUCGGCUCCUCUCUCUCGUACCCCUGCAUUCCCGCACCAACCGAAAUCCCCCUCGUCCGCUCGCCCGCCUACUCCGGCUCGAACCGCCCGAUCUCGUGCAAGUGUACCAAGCUUGCGGCGGGCGGAAACGUUAGCUACUUUGUCGUCGAGACGGAGAAGGGCGUCGACCUGUUGGCGAGCGGACAAGGCCAGUACGGCGGCCUUGGCAACGGGAUGUGGGCGCACGCGACCAACCCCGUCCGCGUCAAGACUGUCAGCGGGUUGCGAGAAUGGAACGACCGGACGAACAAGGUCGAGUUUGUCGGGAUCAAGGAUGUCCAGGCGGGCGAAGGACACGUCGCUGUCGUUCUCGACAACGCCGUCUCGCACGCUGACGGCUCUUCCUACGGCCGCGACGUCUUCGUCUGGGGCUACAACGAGCACUACCAGCUCGGCACCGGCAAGCGCUCCAACCUCCCUACGCCGCAGCACCUCAGCCCGCUCCCGUACCCCGGCGCGUCGCCGACUGUCAUCGCGGCUGCGUCUGACAAGGAGAGCCAUGAGUCGAGCUUGAGCAGCGGGACGACGAGUCCGAUGCCGCACAAGAGGAUGCAACUUUCUCCCUCACUUCCCACCCCGACUCACCCGCCUCCCCCGACCUAUUCCCGCCUCCCUCGCGGCGCCAUCGUCGAAGAGGCCAUCACAGCAGGCGAUGGCGGCUCGGGCGUCUACUGGCGCGUCCUCAACCCGUGA